CAUGCAGGUGUGAUUCGUCCCAUCGGUCAGCUGAAGCAAUGGACUCCAUAUAAGACACCCCCGACCAUGCAUUCAUCUCAGCAACACACAACAUGUCUAUCCAAGCAGCAUGGGAGUCUUGCUCCAAAACGGACACCCUCUUCAUCCUCGUGUGUUCCGUCUUCUGCUGGCUCAUCAUCCCCGCCGUCGGUCUCGCCUACUCAGGCUACUCGACUCGCUCCAACAGCAUCGCUUCGUUCUAUCCCGGGCUGCUGGCCGUCGCCGUCUGCUCGAUCCAAUGGUGGAUGCUCGGGUACUCGCUCGCCUACGGCGAAGGCAACGGAUUCUUCGGGGGAUUCAGCAAGGUCUUUCACAUCGGGGUUCUCGCUGACCCGGUCGGCACAAUCCCCGAGAUCCUCUUCUCGGAGUUUCAGCUCAUCUUCUGCGCGACCGUGUGCGCCAUUGCGAUCGGAGGAGCCUGCGAGCGAGGCAGACUCCUCCCACUGAUUCCGUUCAUAUUUCUAUGGUGCACCUUCAUCUACGCCCCCCUCGCCCACAUGGUCUGGUCGGAUAACGGCUUCCUCGCUAACCUGGGUGCCCUUGACUUCGCCGGUGGUACUCCGGUGCACAUCUGCAGCGGCGCCACUGCUACCGCUAUGAGCGUCUACCUCUCCUACCCUCAAUUCCGAUCGCGUCGCUCCCAGAUUCGCACCCCGCAGCACCUGACCCUCCACCGACCCCAUAACACUCUCUGCCAGCUGCUCGCACUGAUAAUCAUUUGGAACGCAUGGCUUGCCUUCGACGCCGGAACAACUCUCGCUCUGAACUUCAAAAGCGUCAUGGCCGCCUGCGUGACGAACCUCUGCGCCUCAUCCGGCGCCCUUACCUGGGCUAGUCUCACCUACUGGGAGACCGGAAAAUGGAGUCUCGACAGCACAUUCCUCGGUGCGAUCGCCGGCCUCGUCCUCAUCACACCCAGCGCGGGCUUCAUCGACAUGAGCACAGCCAUGGGCUUUGGCAUUCUCGGCGCUGUCUGCGGAUACCAAGCUCUGAAGAUCAAGUUCACGAAGCGGGCAAAGCUCUACCGCUGGGUCGACAACGGAGACACCUUUGCUACGCACUGUCUGGGCGGGUUCCUGGGUACAAUCGUGACGGGAUUAUUCGCGCAACGCUCGGUCGCAGCCUACGACGGGGUGACGGAUAUCGCGGGCGGGUGUUUCUUCGACGGGAACUGGCGACAACUGGGAAUACAAAUCGUCGAAGCGCUAAUCGGGUUCGUAUGGAGCUUUGGCGGAAGCUACAUUCUCUAUGCCUUGAUCGACUGUGUGCCUGGUUUCGAGGUGUUGGCAACCGUCGCCGGAAUGGACAAAUCACAAAUGAACGAAUCCCUACACGAAGCCCAAUGGGCAGGAGAAGAAGACUACCACCCAUUUGAAGGAAUCCGCUUGUAGCAUGCAUAUGAUAUCAUUCCACCCCAUCAAUAUCUUACU